AUGUGUGAAUCCCAAGAUGAUGGACCGUUCGUUUCACUGUGGGUACUCUAUGUUCGAUGGCGUGCCUCGCAAAAGAUCGAGGUCCCGGAAGAUCAGCCGGGUAAGACGAAAGACCAAGACCAAAAGAUCUCAGGUCCACCACGGCAUGACCCAAAUACCGGGUUGACAAGGGGCCCACAACCAAGCACGCCCACGCACACACACAUCUUCGCCCGUCAUCCCAUCCUCGCGGCAUGCCGUCAGCCUCAGGUGUACACUUACCUAUGCUCCAUUGGGAAAUGUACGGUGAUAGAGGAACCCACCAGCAGUCUGAGCGCGGUGCUGGACGGCGCGGGCCUAUCCAACCCGCUAAGGUCACGUGUCGCAUUGCCUUCCCAAAGCGGAACCUGGCCUGGCAAGCCGUGCGACAGUGCCCAGCCAACCCGCAAGCAACUCGGCCAGACUUCAAAGGACAUCUCGCGAAAGGGGUUUGCUUGUAGAGUAGUCACUCACGUGCAUGGAGGAGCCGUUGCAUAUUCCAUGAGGCCGACAGAGCUUUGGCGCUACCAACUACUAACUACCAAUUACCAACUACCUACGGGAUCUGACGCUAACAAGCCAACCUCAAGUUACGACUGCUCGAGCCCCAACCGCUCAGAUGCCAGAGCCCUAGCCUCCAAAAUAUACACUCGACUGCCCCUCGAACUCCGCAACCGCGUCUACACCUACUGCGUACAAGGCCCUUACGACGACGAAGUCAUAAUCCGGCGAUCCCUCCAUAGCCGCAAUGCCUUUGACUUUCUGGUCCGAGAAUCCUCGGGCCCGCACUCCUAUCUCUGGGUCGAGGACCCAACCGCCUCCCUGAUUAGCUCUGAACGCAUGACGACGGCCACUGCGCGCGAAAUGCUGGAAGCCUACUAUUGGACACGCGUCUUCAAGUUCUCCCAUCGUGAACUCGACCUCCUAACCGCCUUCCUAGGCACUGACGUCUUUGGCCUCGGACGACUACCAGUCAUCUACGCAAGACGGCUGCACAUUCAGCUCCGCCCAUUCGCACAUGCACAGCGUUCGCCCAAGCACGACGCAAAGGAGCAAGCAAAAUGCCGCCAGGCCAUCUCGGCGCUCGCAGCCAUACAAAACGCGCGCACAGAGGUGGUCGUGCAAUUCGAUCUCGCCCGACAUCUUCUCGACGGCGCAAGCAGCGACGAGCAGUUUUCCGCAGAGGACGCUGCAUUUCUACUACUGCUUGUGCGGGACCUCAUUGCGUUGAAGGAAAAGGGGUUGCGCGUGGAGAUUUUGUUUAGUGGGACUUGGAAUGAGCAUCCUAGUACUCGCAUCCGCAGCAUGUCCAUUUGCUCGCCGGAAGAGUGCAUGGUUAGAGUGACAAAGGCGGCUCGAUAUGUGCGUCUUGGGGAGACGCCUUGA